UGCCACAUCGCUCCGGCUCCGUCUAAUGAUGUGUUGUGUGUUUCAGGUUGUGCAUUUGUAAAAUACCAGAGUAAUGCAGAAGCGCAGGCGGCCAUUAGCGCUCUACAUGGCAGCCGCACUCUCCCGGGUGCAUCUUCUAGUCUGGUGGUGAAGUUCGCAGAUACAGAGAAGGAGAGAGGAAUCAGGCGUAUGCAGCAGGUGGCCUCCCAGCUGGGUGUCAUUAGUCCCAUGAGUCUACACCUGGGCGCCUACAACGCCUACACACAGGCACUCGUCCAGCAGCAGGCCUUGGUGGCCCAGUCUGCAUAUCUGUCUCCCGUCGCGACGGUGGCUGCGGUGCAGAUGCAGCAGUUGGCUGCUCUCAAUCCCAGCAGCAUCAUAGCCACACCCAUUGCCUCAAUCACACCCUCCUCAGGUACGAGCACUCCUCCAGCCAUUGCUGCCACACCUGUGCCUGCUCUGCCUCCACCAAUCGCAGUCAACAGUUACCCUCCAGUCCCCGCACCGCCCAAUGGCCAGUCUGCCUCUGAAGCCCUCUACACCAAUGGUGUCCAUCCAUAUCAAGCUCAGAGUCCCGCAUUGGAUCCUCUCCAGCAGGCGUAUACAGGCAUGCAACACUACACGGCUACAUAUCCUGCUGCAUAUGGAUUGGUCGGUCAACCAUUUCCACAUCAACCCACUUUGGUUGCCCAGCAGCCACAGCAGCCGCAGCAGCUGCAACAACGAGAAGGCCCAGAAGGCUGCAAUAUCUUUAUUUAUCAUCUGCCUCAGGAGUUCACUGACUCUGAGAUGCUGCAGAUGUUUCUGCCCUUCGGUAACGUCAUCUCAGCCAAGGUGUUCGUUGACCGUGCCACCAACCAGAGCAAAUGCUUUGGUGAGUGAUUUGAAGAAGCAAUUUAGAUGUAGUAUGAGGAGUGAUUUAACAGACCAAAUGAA